CACUCACUCACUCACUCACUCGCUGACUCACUCGCUGACUCUCACACACGGCUUGUUGUCUCCUCCGGUUCCCAUCAGCAGAAGCUACAGCUGCCGGGAUCCGCUGCCUCUGGCCCCCGGUUGGCCUCAGAAGCGUUGGACCUGUACAGGACUCUGGCGUUUUCCCUCAGGAUCUUUCCCACUGCAGCAUGGAGGCCAGCACUGGGGAAUACACCGACACCUACGAGUACUAUGACGACAACGACACGGCGUGCGACUUCUCCGAGUGGGAGCCGUCCUACUCCCUCAUCCCCGUCCUCUACAUGCUCAUCUUCAUCCUGGGCCUGUCGGGGAACGGCGUGGUCAUCUUCACCGUCUGGAGGUCCAAAUCCAAGCGCCGGGCCGCGGACGUCUACAUAGGAAACCUGGCGCUGGCCGACCUCACCUUCGUGGUAACCCUACCUCUGUGGGCCGUCUACACUGCGCUGGGCUACCACUGGCCCUUCGGCGUGGCCCUGUGCAAGAUCAGCAGCUACGUGGUCCUGGUCAACAUGUACGCCAGCGUCUUCUGCCUCACCUGCCUGAGCUUCGACCGCUACCUGGCCAUCGUGCACUCGCUGUCCAGCAGCCGGCUGCGCUCGCGCGGCACCAUGCUGGCCUCGCUGGGCGCCAUCUGGCUGCUGUCCGGCCUGCUGGCGGUGCCCACGCUGCUCUUCCGCACCACCGUCAACGACCAGAACAGCAACCGGACCACGUGCGCCAUGGACUUCAGCCUGGUGACCAUCAACCAGAGGCACGAGUACCUGUGGAUCGCGGGGCUGAGCCUGUCCUCCUCGGCGCUGGGCUUCCUCCUGCCCUUCCUGGCCAUGACCAUCUUCUACUGCUUCAUCGGCUGCACGGUCACGCGCCACUUCAACAACCUGCGCAAGGAGGACCAGAAGAAGAAGCGGCUGCUGAAGAUCAUCACCACGCUGGUGGUGGUCUUCGCCAUCUGCUGGACCCCCUUCCACGUGCUGAAGAGCAUGGACGCGCUCUCCUACCUGAACUUGGCCCCGAGCUCCUGCGGCUUCCUGCGCUUCCUGCUGCUGGCCCACCCGUACGCCACCUGCUUGGCCUACGUCAACAGCUGCCUCAACCCGUUCCUCUACGCCUUCUUCGACCUGCGCUUCCGCUCCCAGUGCCUGUGCCUGCUCAACCUGAAGAAGGCCAUGCACGGCCAGAUGAGCUCCAUGUCGUCCACGCUCAGCGCCCAGACUCAGAAGUCAGAGGUCCAGUCUCUGGCCACCAAGGUGUAGAGGGGGGGGGGUCGCGUGUCGGGCUGCGGGACAGUCCCAGCUACCGCCGCUGGAACGCGUGUAAAAAUACAACAGACGAACUUCCUGUUGAACUGCCACUGCUCGCCGCCGUCAUGAAACCCAUUGUAUGUUGCACAAACUCCGCAGCGAGACAAGCCGAUGCUCUGCGUGUCGUGUGGAGUCAGCUGGCUGAACUCCUCAACUGCUCCAAUGCUCAAACUCUCAGAGAAUAUGUAUUUUUCUUUUGGGUUUUCUUGGCUCUGCUCUGCAAAAUGUCACAGACGAGGAGGAGGGGGAGUAUGAACACACUGUGGGUAAUUUUUGGAUGGGGGGGGGGGCUGUGAAUUGAGUUAAGAUGAAUUCCCUUUACACUGGAUGAAACAUAAAGCUGUACAGUAUUUUCCUACCAUAGCGUUUUUUUUCCUCUGUUCAGAUAUAUUGCUAUUUUUGUUUUAGAAGCACUUGUAAAAAAAAUGUGUGGGCAGGGAAAUCAAAGCAUCCUCUUAAAAUGUUUGUUUGAAGGUCUGGGCUGCUGG